GGUUUCAAGGCGUUUAAACCUGUUAUUUCUCUCUAAGGGCGUCAGAAUUGUCCAUUAGCGACAACGACGCAUCGUCUCGGCUUAAAAUUUAAUCCGUAAAAAUUUUACGUACGUAGAUCUUGCCUAGCUAGAAUUGUUUAUCAGUUCGCUAUGGUUGUGUCUAAUCGAUACUCUCAAGUAAUCUAUCUCCGGAUCGGGAUUCUUAUUUGGUUAGCGUCUUCGUGACGUUCAGCAUCUAAUGCCGGUAACGACGCCAGUCGUAGCACCAGAUCUUGUAUAACAGGGAGUGACAGGCCAACGGAAAAAAAUUGAGUUAUGAAGGGGCAAGGCAAAUGAACAAUUCGUGCUUGUCAAUAUUUGACUAGGCGUAUUUAGUGCGCACAGCUAGGGCGGACGUUUAUUUAAUAUGUCUUAGGAUGCCCUUUCGCAGACUAGAGUCUCUGCCAUCAGCGCUAAGCACAGCAUCGUCAUCGUUUAACCAGACAGAUCAAUGUACGUCUGCCCGGCUUAUAUACCAUCUAUCCGAAGUGACGAAUAUGGAUACACACAGCGAAGUCUGAUACGUUUAUCAGCAGUCGAAUUUAAACAGUGGAAAGAACAAGAUAGAAACACAUAUCGACUGCGUCUCCGGAGGAAGUACACAUGAACUUUGGGUUUUGGUCAGAUUAGGAUAAAGGUGAUCGGUUGUCUUGUAAUCGUAAACAUCUGGGAACUUCAAUUGAAGGUAAUAAGCUGAAGGCUGAUCUGGUCUAUAGGCGUUUGGAAACAAGGCUAAGAAUAGUAUUCCAGCGACUUUUCCCUCGACAGAGGUCGACAUGUCAACUCUGUUUCCUAUAUUGAGUUGUUUGUCAUGAUGUUCGUUUGAGUAUCCAGUCCAGCGGCAAGUCUAGUCAGGCAUUGCAGUUAGUCGUACUGAUAAAUGCGCCAAUUACAAUAAGACAAACGCCUGUAGAAAGAUAGACAAGAACCGAUGGAACUCAAAAGCUGCCUUUCAUUAAUCGCGCGUUCGCUCGCAAAAUCGAAUGUUGUUAUAUCUAGGUCCAUGUGUCCAGCCAAUCUUGAGCAUAAUCACGGCGUACGUAUGUGGACAUAUACUACGUACCUACAUCUGUGCCUUUACCUUAAUUAGUUCAGUGCAGUUUUCGUCUCGAAGGGUUGAUGGCCUAGAAGUUCAUGUCAAAUCAGUGGAGAACUCGUCAUGCGAAGAGGCUGCUGUACAGCCGAAGUAGUACACAGCACUAUGAUUAUCAACAACAAUAGCCGAAAGAUCGUUCCUGCGGUUAUUACCAUGCUGGCUCACUGACAACCAGCCGCCUAAACAGUUCCUUUAAUAAGGGUAGCUUCGUUGCCCACACAAAUCGUCCAGGCUCCUUCGGGAGGACAAAACCAUACAGAAACGCCGUGACGAGUAGUAUAUAAGGCUGCUAUAACUGGAAAUGCAUUAUCCGCAACGGGUAAACGGCUACAAACAGCUUUCAGCACGCAAAGAACACCAAUGGGCAAGUCAGCUGUAUAUAUGGUAUUACCCGCCGUUAAAAGCGUUAGCCCCACUUAGGCUCAUCCGAUCGACCCUGGCCAAGAAACGGCGUAGAUCAUUCUACCUUUCUUGCGCCCUCCGUCGUACAUGCGAUGUCGGGCAAAUCGCGCGAAAGACACGGCCAAGAAACGCCAAAGAGAGACUGAAAUAGGGCGAUAGGGUCAGGGGAGGCAGAAAACAAAGACGAAAGAAGACCCAUAGAGCUGCGAAACGCAGAGGACUUGACUACAGCGAAAACUGAUCCAACCCAGAGAUUCACUCUCGCUAACCAGUCGGUACGUCAUCACAUGUAGAAUGAGGCUAUGUAGAUAGAUGCCCUACCAGCGCUUUCAUGAUCGCAGUCAAGGGGACAGUCGUUAGUAGGCAGGACCCUGACAAAGCACCAAUGGUAUAUGUAAAAGCCCAGAGAAGGAAGAAUCAACGGACGUAGCGACCCAGUUCAGCUUUGUCGUAAUCGUUGUCUAUAUUAGUUGCUGCCGCUGCUGUUAUUCUGAUCCUCGCUGUCUUGUCGGCCGCUGUGGUUUUUUCCUUAACGUCUACUCAACGUUGGCUAACAGAAUUUUAGAAAGGCAGACGGCCGACGCUUGGUUCAGUUUACUGUCGCUAGAUAAUGCUGUUGUUAUUAAUGCUUCUGAUGAGGAAGACGCCUAUGUAUGGAUGUAUUGAUUAAGGUCGAAUGCUUUUACGCAGGUUCAGGAAAAUGUCGAGUCGGCGCGGUCAACGUACGCAGACAAUGUUGCUGGGUGAUCGUACGGAGUAGCAAACAAACAGAGCAUUUGAUCAAAAAAAGAAAUCAAGACAGAUAGAUUCCGGAGUUGCAGGAAUGCACGAAUCAAGUGGAUCCGGUGAAUGUCGUGAGCGCUGCGGAAGUGAGAGCAUGGCUUGGAAAUUUAAUGCCGAUGAAAGUGCGACGCACGACGACGAGACAGAUCAAGUAAUAUUCAAACGGGAAGCGCUGAAGUAGGGCACAGGAGAGUAGAACGGUUGAACACUAUAAAUAGUAGCAGCACUGAACAAUAGCUCUUCUGCGGACGGAAAGAACACUAAGUCUCACUUUCCCCCACCGUUGGACAACGACUGCGUUGCUCAGACGCCGGGUCGUUUUAGGGUCUUGAGUUACUUCAUUUAGAGAGAAGCAUUACGGGUGCUUCCAGGAAGCGUCCACCUACAGCUCAUAUCGGAGCUCUGAAACGUACGCAUACGUGCUCCUUGAACGUUGCAGCGGAUAACUAGGAUUACAUUAUAAAGUGUCCUCAAUACGGUGCUAGUGGUAAUGCGUUCCGGCUAGCCAUUGAUUAGCAAUAAACGACGGCCAUAUAUGAGAUCACGUUAAUGACCACGACGAAAAAACGCUCUUUCAAAUGGUAACUAUAACAGAACUCACUCUUUGUUUUAUGAAGCUAAAGUCACUACAACCCGGUAGUGUACGUACGAUAUCAUGGUUCUGCAGGAACUCGACAGAAAGCAAUAAGUAAUCCUAUCAAAUGAGUAAAUCCGCAAAAGAGCAGUCCCCUGCUUGUUCUUACGAUAUGCGUGGUAUUACAGCAACCCUUCCCGUAACCCAAAGAAACGCACAAAAUAUGGCUGGUACGAGUGGGGCUCAAGCUUAUCUUGUAGCAAUUGACGGCAUUUCUCGACGUUCCGAUAGAGGUAUCUCCCACGAAUCCCGCUCGCAUAUAAGUGGUUUAAACAGUUCGUCUAGCGGGACUCAGAUCAACUUCUCCAGAUUGCCUUUACCAUCCUCACCACCUGUAGCUAUGAUGGACUGCGAUAAGACAAGAACGGAGUUAAACGAUUUGCGUUUGAAUUUUCUCGGGGAAAAGCAGCGUGGACUAGUCGCCGUUCGACCAAUAGUUUACAGUUCUGAAAAGAACCCGUUUAGUGUAAAAAUAAACAUGGAAGAUAUCAUGCAACGCAACCGCGCAUUACUGCAGCAGGAGCGAGCAAGGGGACGGCCUUUGCUCGAGCCGAGACAGAAGAAUUCUCCAGGUUUGACGCAGUAUUUAGUCGAUGGUGCGAGCGCCGUCAUGGAUUACGUUGCAGCUGCGCGUCCCAGUUCGGAUUUUCGAAACUGUUCCUUCGUAAACAAGGCAGAGGAAGAAGACCAAACCCUCUGUCGACAUGAGACUGACCUUGUCUACCCUGGUGAAUUAACCACAGGGCACUGUUAUGAAAGUUGUCGUUCGAUAACAACUAAGGUUACUACGAGAAUCCCACAAGAUAUCGUCGCUAGUCCAGCGGACAAAUCAUUAUCAAAUAGCGAUUUGUGGGGGCCGGACAAACAAGCAUUAAUUAGCGGUUACGCGAACGGUGAGGUGGCAGAUUCAACUAAUGGUUCAACGAAAGAAACAAAUAUGCUAGGCUUUAGAUAUUUGAAAAAUGUUAACAUCGAGCAUAAAGAUAUCAAUCCUCACCAUGGAUUCGCCAAAUGCCCUGCUUGUGAUAGCAAUUCUAUGCAGGAAGUUAUGGUGAAAAAUUGUUGCAAGCAUCGAUUUUGUAAGUCCUGUCUGCAUACAGCUGCUGAAAACGCAGGAAGUAUUUCUAUCAUGUACUGUGAGAAAGACUGUGAGGCUCGCCUUCGGGAAGUCGAAAUGCAUGCAUUACUACCGGAUGAAACGUGCCAACCUGCGAAAAAUUCCCCUGAGACUGCAACGUCUAUUCACCGCCUUCAAAUUACACCAGCGCCGUUACUGUCAAUGUCUCAUACCGCGCGACAGCCCUGCGCUGUUUAUAAUUAUGAGGACCCUCUACUAAUUCAAGCGCUUGUGGAUGACGAGCCUGUAUUGUUGACCAUCGGUAACACGGCCUGCAACUGUUGCACUGCUCAAAUAGAAUCGAUGAAGGGUAUUGUCUUCAAAGGAUGUCGACACACCCAAUGCAAAGACUGUUUUAUAAAUCUAAGUCUUAAAGCCAAACGGUGCGCAGUAGGUAGCUGCAAUGGUCUAAUCAGCGAGGAUGAAGCUCAAGGCUUUCUUAAGUACACUAAAAUUCCAUAUCGAAAGCGUAAGGACCAGGACAAGAUGGCAAGAGAGUUUAAAACCGUUGAACCUAGAAGAAAUAAAAAUAACAAAAAGUGUGGCAAUAAAUGACAGACGACUUGCAACAACAAAACUAAGGAUAUUGCUUAAGCUGUGCAUGCUACAACUACUAUGUGCGUCAUUCCAUCUGAGUUUGAUCAGAUACAGCGUAUCACGCCUACGUAAGCAUCACUGAUAGCCAAGCGGGCUAUGUGAGCGAAUGAAGAAAAAAAUAUCCCGGAAAAGGGAAAAAAUAUACCGAAGAACUGUCUUAGAGGAGCAUGAUUAGGUUCUUUAGAACUUCGGCCUACUUUCAAUGAUGUAGUGCAGCUAUACAGGUCAUGCAGCCUUACAGCGUUGAAAUAUGUGCACCUAUCCGCAUCAGUGUAGCCUUUUUCCCCUAAACAAAUAAUGAUGAAAUUUGGACGUUAUAAGGUACAUACGCCAUUUUUUUGAUCAUAUGUUUGUUUUUUUUGUAAAUCUCGUGCGUCGAUUUCAAAAGCCUCAACCAAAAAGCAAAAAAAGACGACGUUAUUAAAACUCGUCUAAAGUUUGUUGUUAUUUAUUUCGUACCCGCAUACAUAGGAGCGAAUACGUCCCAGAGAAUAGUUAAUGUAAAGAAGAAAAUGAAAGGAAAGAUAACUUGAGAGUAUUUUAGCGACAACAUUUAUGUCGAUCGGAUAAUAGAUAUUAAUAGAUAAACACAAAAGUUAAUAGACUUAAAAAUACUAUCGCAGAAGAGCUACCAGAGCUAAGGUUAUCGUUUAAAAACAUAUUACAAUGCAAUGUACGUAAUAUCGUAUUAAGAUCCGGUCACCUCUAGCGCAAGUAGGAUCUAUCUAAAUGGGGGUGCUUUUGUCACAACGGCGUGCCCCAUAACCCAUAUAUACUUUUUACAGUAACACUGAAAAGCUGGGACCGUAACAUAUAGAAUUAAACAUGCGUUGACUCAGGUCUAUUAAUAAAGUUGGCUUUUUUUUUUUUCUAUUAAAGCUACUUCACGUGUUUUAAUUCCCGUAGCGUUCGCUAGAAAGGGCUGUUGUAAGACGUUUUAAGCAUGUAGCGGGAAGGCUUGAUCUAGUAGUAAAAAUAAAGUUCAGCCUUCGGACACAUGUAUCGCACGAUGGGAGUAAAAAUAUGAUAAGAAAUUUAACUAAAAAAUACAAGACGUAUAAAAAUAGUAUAGUCACUUCUACAAGUU